AAACCAGCAAGUCUACAGCAGCCAAAAGAACUCUCCCUCUCAGUUCCCUGCAGCAAGCUACUUUACACUUGAUGAAAACCGGCUUAUCUUCUCUUUUGCAGGAUGAGGGCAUCCCUGCCUAGGCCAGCAUUUAUUACCCAGAGGGCAAUUCAUGGGUUUGGAGUUACAUGUAGACCAGACCAGAACCUCUAGGCUCCAACAAAGUGUUGGGAGAAUCAGCAGCUGCCAAGAGCUGUAAAGCCGAGCUGGCAGCAGCUCCCAGGACAAAGCUGGAAAACUGUGGGGGAGCUGAACGGGGAACAGGACCGUCUCUGAUGGUCAACAGGACACCGAAGAUUUAGACAGGGUCUAUCGAGGAGAGAGAACAGGCCCUCAAAGUCUGGAGACAACUGUGGGACAACUGCUUUGAAGUGAGAGAGCUAGUGUUCUCAGAACCUUUCCUUGAUCCCUUCCAAAAGUCACACUUCCCUUUCAGUUCUCAGUCAAUGUGUCUUCCAAAGUCGAAGGCUUUAACCUGAUCGCUUUGACCUGUCCUUCAAACUGAAGAGGACUUUACCGAAUCAACAAACGUAUCACACUUAAUCUUUUCAGGGGAAUCCAGCUAAUUUGAUUGGUCAAGAAGGAAGCCAAGCCAUGCUCACACCAGUUGACUAUUGGUUGGAGAAGGGGCCAUUGCUACCUGGUCUGCAGAUCCUGAAGUUCCUCCUCCUCCUCAUUUGUUCGGUUCAGACCCUCCAUCCCGACGACGCUGAAGGGUCCAUCUUUGGCUUGGGAUUCCCAGACCCCGGGCGAACCAAUUGCAAGCCCAUCCCCCGCAGCAUGGUGCUGUGCCAUGGGGUAGGCUACAGCGAGAUGAGGCUGCCCAACCUCCUUGGUCAUGGGACCAUGAAGGAGGUCUUGCAGCAAGCUGGCUCCUGGGUUCCUCUGCUCAACAAGCAAUGCCACUCCGACACCAGGAGGUUCCUCUGCUCCCUCUUUGCUCCCGUCUGCCUUAAUGAGCUGCAAGACUCCAUCCAGCCUUGCCAAUCCCUGUGCCAGGCAGUCAGGGAUAGCUGCACCCCGGUGAUGUCUGCUUUCGGCUUCCCUUGGCCUGACAUGUUGGAUUGUAACCGCUUCCCAGUUGACAAUGAUCUUUGCAUCCCCUCUGCUACUUCUGAGGAGGACAGACUCCUGCACGAAGAACCCAAAAUCUGUGAUGCUUGUAAACCCGAGGAAGAAGCAGAAAGGAGCAUUCUCGCACAGUUGUGCAACAAUGAUUUCGUGCUGAAGGUCAAAGUGAAGGAGAUCUCGUACCUGGACAGUGAUGCUGUAAUUAUUCCAGAAGGUCGGAGCAGGGUGCUGUAUGGGCUGGAGGGCUGGACUGAAAGCGGAGAUGGGAGGAUGCAGCUGUGGCUACCUGGUGGUUCUGGAUGUACUUGCGAUGAGCUGAGGGACCUGAGCGCCUCCUACCUGCUGACAGGGAGAAAACAGGCCCAGGGGCGGCUGCUUGUCACCUCUGUCAGACACUGGAGAGGAAGUAAAAGGGAACUCCGGAGAAUGACCAGGAGCUUCAAGAAAGCUCGCUGUCAAUCAUCAGACAUUACAGGGCAGCUCAAUAAAUAAUGCCCCCCAAAUCAACCCCCCCCCCACCAGGGAGAGUACAAACCCCACCCUCCCCCCUACCCGUGUGCUAGUCUAUCCACUGUCUGACAUCUCCGUGGUGUGGUACACACUCAUGGUUUGAACUGCCAUCACUGUCCCUUCAAUUCUCACCUCAAACUACCAGCAGGUAUUUGUUCACAGUCCAUUUUAUGUCGUACAGGAUCUUGCUGUGUGCAGUUUAGUUGCUACCUAUUCUUCUACACAGUUAGAGAAAGGACUGAUAGAAAUACUUUUUGUUGAAGUGGGUGUUCCACCUGUCAGUCAUGAGAGAGUCGGGUUGAGAGGUUAAGUGCAAAGCAGUUUGUCAAUAUUUCUGAGGACAAUUGAAAGAAAAAUCCCUGCCCAGAGACAGAGGAGAUCCAUCUCCCUCGAACCAGCACCUUGUGAUUUUUACAUCCAUCUGUUGGGGAAGGUGAGGCUUGUGUAAUACUUCAUCUGAAAGCUGACCCUCCGACAGUGCGGCGCUCUCUCAGCACUGACCCUCCGACAGUGCGGCGCUCCCUCAGCACUGAGCCUCCGACAGUGCGGCACUCUCUCAGCACUGACCCUCUGACAGUGCGGCGCUCCCUCAGCACUGACUCUCCGACAGUGCGGCACACCCUCAGCACUGAGCCUCCGACAGUGCGGCGCUCUCUCAGCACUGACCCUCCGACAGUGCGGCACUCUCUCAGCACUGACCCUCUGACAGUGCAGCGCUCCCUCAGCACUGACUCUCCGACAGUGCGGCACACCCUCAGCACUGAGCCUCCGACAGUGCGGCGCUCCCUCAGCACUGACCCUCCGACAGUGCGGCGCUCUCUCAGCACUGACUCUCCGACAGUGCGGCACUCUCUCAGCACUGACCCUCUGACAGUGCGGCGCUCCCUCAGCACUGACUCUCCGACAGUGCGGCACACCCUCAGCACUGAGCCUCCGACAGUGCGGCGCUCCCUCAGCACUUACCCUCUGACAGUGCGGCGCUCCCUCAGCACUGACCCUCCGACAGUGCGGCGCUCACUCAGCACUGACCCUCCGACAGUGCAGCGCUCCCUCAGCACUAACCCUCCGACAGUGCGGCGCUCCCUCAGCACUGACCCUCCGACAGUGCGGCGCUCCCUCAGCACUGACCCUCCGACAGUGCGGCGCUCAUUCAGCACUGACCCUCCGACAGUGCGGCAAUCCCUCAGUGUUUAGCUGGGAUUGUUUGGCUAGAAUAGGAGCUCCUGUCUGUCAACUCAGACUUGAACUCACAGCCAACAGCCUCCAGUGAGAGAUCCAUCUCCCCGAACUAUUAAAGCCAUGUGGGAAACUGGAAGAAAGCAGGCAGUGUAUUUCCCAGAUCAGAGCCCUUACUGUCUCGUUAUCAAAUACUAACCCGUUAUGGGCAAGACAUGCUGGAAGAGCCAAGAUGGCCACAUCUCCUGGAUGAAUGAAAAUUAUCUGGUAUGUGCCUGGAAACUCAUCUGUGUGUUUACACAGCUACCUUGGGCUGGGGAUCCUUUGCUUAUCCCAGAGGAAUAGGAAAUAAUCAAUAAAGAGAGGGGUGACUGAAACAGAAGGUGUUGGAUGACAGACACAAACUGUCCAGUUCCACCUCAAACUGAGUGUCUUUUUUCACUGAGUGAAUCUCUCCAAGUUUGAGGUGGAACUGGACAGUUUGUGAGCAUUUCAGCAUAAACUCCCCAUCACCAUGGGCUCGUUUAUGGUCAAACAUUAAAUAUAGGAACAUUUGUUCAAAGUACAUGAGUGUGCUCCACACCAAGGGAUGUCCUGCUCUCCUGCCUUCACCUGCUUAUCUGUAUCUCAUUUUAUUGAAAUGCUUUGUGUUUGUAUUUGUCCCGGCUAGUGUGUGUUCUCUAACCUGCUCUAUUCCAGAAUAAUGACUUCAUCCACAUCAACUCACAUUCACACAAUCCCCAUAAGAACAGAAUUAGACCAUUUGGCCCAUCGAGUCCGCUCGAUGGCCAAUCAUGGCUGAUACAUUUCGCAACCCCAUUCUCCUGCCUUCUCCCCAUAACCCCGGAUCCCCUUAACAAUUAACAGCUUAUCUAUCUCUGUUCUAAAUACACUCAGUGACUCGGUCUCCACAUCUCUCUGCAACAAUAAGUUCCACAGAUUCACCCACCUCUGGCUGAGGAAAUUCCUCCUCAUCUCAGUUCAAAAGGGUUGUCCCUUAACUCUGAUCCUGUGCCCUCAGGUCCUAGUCUCUCCUACUCAUGGAAACAUCUCCACAUCCGCUCUAUCCAGGCCCCUCAGCAUUCCCAAAGUUUCAUUGAGAUUCCCCACUCAUCCUUCCAAACUCUAUCAAGUACAAACCCAGAGUCCUCACCUGCUCCUCAUAUGACAGGCCCUCUAUCCCCGGCAUCAGUGUUGUGAACCUCCUCCGGGCCCUCUCCAACACUCGAACAUCCUCCCUUAGAUACACGGCCCAAAAUGAUCACAAUAUUCUAAAUAUGUCUCUGCUCUUGUAUUCUAGCCCUAUUGAAAUGAAUGCUAACACUGCAUUUGCCUUCCUAACUGCCAUGUUCACCCUAAGAGAAUCCUGAACUGGGACUCCCAAGUCCCCUUGUGUCUCAGAUUUCUGAAGCCUUUCCCCAUUUAGAAACUAGACUAUGUCUCUAUUCUUCCUACCAAAGUGCAUAACCUCACACUAUCCCAUUUCGUAUUCCAAUGACCACUCCUUUGUCCAGCCUGUCCAAGUCCUACUGCAGCUUCCCCAAUUCCUCAACACUAUCCGUCCCACCACCUCUCUUUGUGUCAUCUGUAAACUUAGCAACAAUGUCCUCUGGGACCCUCCCUGAUUCAAGUGAUUCCUGAAAGAUCACCUAAAAAGCCUCCACAAUCUCUUCAGUUAUCUCCUUCAGAACUCUGGGGGGUGUAGUCCAUCCAGUUUAGGUGAUUUACCCACCUUCAAACCUUUCAGCUUUCCCAACAACUGCUCCUCAGUGUUGGCCAUUACACCCACAUCUGGCCCUGAUACUCUUGAAGUUCUGGUAAGCUGCUGGUGUCUCCCACCAUGGAGACUGAUACAAAAUACCAAUUCAGUUCCUCGGCCAUCACUUUGUUUCCUAUUACUACUGCUCCAGCCUCAUUUCUGAGUGGUCCAAUAUCCACCCUUGUCUCUCACUUAGCUUUUGGAUUUCUAAAACAAAAUCUUCUUUUACGUUCCGAGCUGGCUUACUCUCAUGUUUUACCUUGUCCUGCCACAUUGUAUUUUAGUUGUUCUCUGCUGGUUUUUAAAGGCAUCCCAAUUCUCUGGGUUCCCACUGGUCUUCACCACAUCGCAUACAGGUGCAGCCCCCUCCGAUGCCACACCUGGUUGUUACCUGGCAGUUUAAACCAGGUGAGUGAAGGAGGGUCACACAUUUCUCUCCACAGGUUCUGCAAGACCUGCUGAGUUUGCACUAUAUACACAUGUGCUCAUGUACGCGUACACACCAAACGCAUACACACAUACUUGUGCAUGUACAUUUACAUCUCGGGAGGGUAUGCGUACAGACAGACAACACUCACCCACACACUGGUACACAAAGGUAUGCACAUUUCAACAUAGAUUGUCUACAUACAUACAUUUGCACAGACACACACACCAUAUACACGUAAACACUCAUGUACAGGUGCAUGUACGCACACACAUCACUCUCACGCACACAUACAUACAUGACUAUAUGUUCACUUACUCCCUCACACUCACACAUACAAUCAUGCAAAUGUACACAUUUACAAUAACACAAGAAACACAUUCUCUGGUGUGGCUUCCUCUACAUUGGGGAAACUAAGCGGAGGCUUGGGGACCGCUUUGCAGAACACCUCCGCUCGGUUUGCUAUAAACAACUGCACCUCCCAGUCACAAACCAUUUCCACUCCCCCUCCCAUUCCUUAGACGACAUGUCCAUCAUGGGCCUCCUGCAGUGCCACAAUGAUGCUACCCGAAGGUUGCAGGAACAGCAACUCAUAUUCCGCUUGGGAACCCUGCAGCCCAAUGGCAUCAAUGUGGACUUCACCAGCUUCAAAAUCUCCCCUUCCCCCACCGCAUCCCAAAACCAGCCCAGUUCAUCCCCGCCUCCCUAACCUGUUCUUCCUCUCACCUAUCCUCUCCUCCCACCUUAAGCCGCUCCUCCAUUUCCCACCUACUAACCUCAUCCUACCCCCUUGACCUGUCCGUCCUCCCUGGACUGACCUAACCCCUCCCCACCUCCCCACCCAUACUCUUCUCUCCACCUAUCUUCACCUCUAUCCAUCUUCGGUCCGCCUCCCCCUCUCUCCCUAUUUAUUCCAGUUCUCUCUCCCCAUCCCCCUUUUCUGAUGAAGGGUCUAGGCCUGAAACGUCAGCUUUUGUGCUCCUGAGAUGCUGCUGGGCCUGCUGUGUUCAUCCAGCUUCACACUUUGUUAUCUUGCAUUCUCCAGCAUCUGCAGUUCCCACUAUCUCUGUUCUCUCACUCCCUGCUAGUUUACCCUUAUACACACACUUACACUUACACACAGACACAUAGACACUCACACAUGCACACAUCCUAUUCGCACUAACACACACAAUGACCCAGGAACACGCCAACACACACUCUCACAUACACAGAAACUAACACAUGCUAAUAUGUGCCCUGAUACAGGCACAGUAACAUGAAAUCUCAGAAAGACUCAGGCACUCACACAUUCAUAUUGUGAGUCAAACACUGGCACAGACACCAUACAGACCCUUUGAAAUGAACACACACACUGGCACAAUAGCAGGCACUGAAACACACACACACACACUCACACAGACACACACACACAAACAGACACACACUCACACACACACACACACUGGCACAAUAGCAGGCACUGAAACACACACAUACACUCACACAGACACACUCACACACACACACACUGGCACAAUAGCAGGCACUGAAACACACACAUACACUCACACAGACACACACACACACACACACUGGCACAAUAGCAGGCACUGAAACACACACAUACACUCACACAGACACACACACACAAACAGACACACACACACAGACACACACACACAAACAGACACACACACACACAAACAGACACACCCACACAAACACACACACCCACACAAACACACACACACACACACAAACACACACACCCACACAAACACACACACACACAAACACACACACACAAACACACACACACACAAACAGACACACACACCCACACAAACACACACACACACAAACAGACACACAAACACACACACACACAAACAGACACACACACCCACACAAACACACACACACACAAACAGACACACACACACACACACACACACACACACACACACACAGACUUUGCAGAGGAGAUCCCUGGGGUGUGAAUGCCUGGUUGUUUUUUUCCUGCUGCCUGAGCUGACAAGGGUUAAGGGGAUGGAUUGGACCCAUUCUGAGAGUGAGCAGUCUGUUUUGGAUUCUGACUGAAUGGGUGUUUGGUGCUGUAAUCUGAAACCUGGGGGUUUUCAGGGAUUUUCACAGAACAGUUUGGCUAAAAUCAACUGUAAGAUUGAAAAAUAAAAUACCGUUUCAUAUUUCCUGUUGUAAUAGCAAGAUAUUACUCAGCAAAAAUUGUAAUUUUA